UAUAUAGAGCGUCGUCAGAAGAGUGCCGCUUUGCCCCAUAUAACAGCUCUCUCUGUUUUCAAUCAUACUCUCAUCUAAUCAGCUUGAAAAAAUGGGCAAAAUAAAGGGAGGAAAGAUAUUGUUGUUUCUUCUCUGCUUGAACAUAGUCACCUUUGGAGUGAUUGCUGAUGGUCCACCUACAUGCCCUGCUGAUCUAGGUGGAGAAUGCAAUAAUUCUGGUGAAUGGAAAGGGGAAUUCUUCCCUGGCAUUCCUAAAAUUAAGUAUGAGGGACCUUUGAGCAAGAAUCCACUUGCAUACAAAUGGUAUAAUGCAGAAGAAGAGAUUCUUGGGAAGAAAAUGAAGGACUGGAUGAGAUUUAGUGUUGCAUUUUGGCAUACAUUCCGUGGCACCGGAGGUGACCCAUUUGGUGCACCAACUAAAUAUUGGCCUUGGGAAGAUGGUACCAAUUCAUUGGCCAUGGCCAAAAGAAGAAUGAGGGCCAAUUUUGAGUUCCUGGACAAGCUUGGAGUAGAUAAGUGGUGUUUCCAUGAUAGGGAUAUAGCCCCUGAGGGAAAAGCUCUUGAGGAAACUAAUGCGAACUUGGAUGAAGUGGUGGCCCUUGCCAAAGAGCUUCAGGGAACCAAGAUCCAUCCUUUGUGGGGCACAGCUCAGUUGUUUUUCCAUCCUCGUUACAUGCAUGGUGCUGCUACUAGCUCUGAUGUAGGUGUAUAUGCUUAUGCUGCAGCUCAAGUUAAGAAAGCAAUGGAGGUCACCCACUACUUAGGUGGAGAAAAUUAUGUCUUCUGGGGUGGACGUGAGGGGUAUCAGUCUCUCUUGAACACAGAUAUGGAAAGGGAACUUGAUCAUUUGGCAAGGUUUAUGGAAGGAGCUGCUGCCUACAAGAAGAAGAUUGGAUUCAAUGGAACUCUGCUAAUUGAGCCCAAGCCACAAGAACCUACCAAACAUCAGUAUGAUUGGGAUGCUGCAACAGCAGCUAAUUUCCUGCGAAAAUAUGGACUUACAGGAGAAUUCAAGCUCAAUAUUGAGUGCAACCAUGCCACUCUUUCUGGUCACAGCUGUCAUCAUGAGCUUGAAACUGCAAGAAUCAAUGGUUUACUGGGAAAUAUUGAUGCUAAUACUGGUGACCCUCAGAUUGGGUGGGAUACAGAUCAAUUCAUGACGGAUAUUGCAGAGGCAACUAUGGUUAUGCUUAGUGUGAUAAAAAAUGGAGGAUUGGCACCAGGAGGAUUCAAUUUCGAUGCGAAAUUGCGAAGAGAGAGUACAGAUGUGGAGGACCUGUUCAUUGCUCAUAUUGGUGGAAUGGAUACAUUGGCUCGGGGACUACGAAAUGCAGCUAAGUUGAUUGAGGAUGGUUCUUUGGCUGAGCUUGUUAGCAAGCGCUAUGAGAGUUUUGACUCAGAAAUUGGCAGACAAAUAGAGGCUGGUAAGGUUGAUUUUGAAAUGCUUGAGAAGAAGGCCUUUGAAUGGGGUGAACCAAAGGUUGCAUCGGCUAAGCAGGAACUUGCAGAGAUGAUUUUCCAGUCUGCAUUGUAGAUCACCGCAGAUCCCCCUCUUUUGCAAUCAUCUUUGGUAUAAAUAAUACAUACUGGAGCAUACCAAUAACUGAUAUGAUGUAAUGUAGUAAAUGUUUUGUUUUGAGCUAAAUGCAUGAGCAACAUUUUAAUUUACCAAAUGCGCUAUGCACUUUGUUUGAAUGUGCCUUUCUUAUGAAAAGGGAGCAUAUAAUGUUACAUCUUUUAAUAUACCUAUAUUUCGAGUUGCAUGUCC